AUGGGUCGCUACUUAUCUUUUUUCGGUGGGCUUGUGAGUGGUCUACUGGAGUACGAGACGCAGAAGGUGGUUCAAAUCCAUUCAAAAAAGGUUGGCAUUACCUUCCGUCUCAUCCAACUGGGCAUCAUACUGUACGUGGUGUUGUGGGUCAUGAUUCAUGAGAAGGGCUACCAGUCAUUCGACAGUGCUGUAAGUGGAGUGACUGCGAAACUGAAAGGCAUCGCUUUUGCAAACGUGUCCAAUGAUUCGGCUAUUGGUGCCUCGGUUUGGGAUGCAGCGGAGUAUGUUAUCCCACCUCAACAGAACUCCGCAUUUUUUGUAAUGACUAACUUGGUUUCAACACCUGGUCAGUCACUUGGUCGUUGUGAGGAAUCACAUGAUGUGUACGGGAACAGUUGUGCAAACGACACUCAAUGUCCUACGGGAACGUUAGUAAUGGUUGGUAGUGGAGUUCGAACGGGCCGAUGUGUGCCGUCCACAAGGCAAGCUGGUCUUAAUGUGUGUGAGAUCUAUGGUUGGUGUCCCACAGAGCAUGACAUAACUCCCCGGCCACAUUUGUUGGCUACUGCAGAAAAUUUCACCGUUAUUCUCAAAAACAGUAUUGAGUUUCCCCGAUAUCGCGUUAAGCGCAGGAACAUAUUGCACUGGAUGGAUAAGCUGUUUUUGAAAACCUGCCGAUAUAACCCCUUUGAUGAUCGAAUGCGGUACUGUCCAAUCUUUCGACUGGGGGACAUACUGAAGUAUUCGGACGCGCACAACAAAGAUAUUUGGCAAAAUGGUGGUAUGGUUUCUAUUCACAUCGAAUGGAAUUGUAAUUUGGAUUUUCAUGUGGACACAUGUCUUCCUAAAUAUACCUUUCGUCGCCUAGACGAUUUCGAAAGUCCCGUUGCCAAAGGGUGGAAUUUUCGAUUUAGUCAACACUAUAUGGUGAAUGGAACACGGAGACGUAACUUGAUCAAAGCUUAUGGCAUUCAAUUCUUCAUUACUGUAUAUGGAACUGGUGGAAAGUUUAAUGUGUUAACAUUUUCCAUGAAUCUCGGAUCUGGUUUGGCGCUUCUAGGCAUUGCUACUGUAUUAUGUGAUAUGAUUGUGCUAAACGCCACUGGGAAACGGAACUUGUACCGAAAAGCAAAGGUGGACCUGAUUGCUCAACGUAAAGCUACAAAGCGUCUGAAUAAGCGGCUAGGUGAGGCCGAACGUAGACGGAAUGAUAGCAGCAAACCAGAGAGUGAGGAAAACAGAAGGAAGGAUUCAUCUACGGAGACUAAAGCAAUUGAACUCAAAGAAAACGCUGAGACAAGGACGGUGAACUGCUGCCCGAAACGGCAGUCCCGAUUUGAUAAACCGCGGGUUCAGUCAACGCUAGUCGAGAGAAUUGUAUCAGAGCCAUGUUGGCUUGACCGUACCUGUGGAUCUAAAGCGCGAAAGAAUGAAACCAGCGACCCUAAUCAUUUCCUUACAAAGCAACCCUGCCUCAUUGAUAUUCGGCUGGAGAGAGCUCGCCCCAGAAGUCAGGAGCUGCCGCUCAGUCAUGAUCUAUGGAACAAAACAAAGUCCGAGCUUAAAGCUGCAACAUCCAGUCCCGGAGUCUCCUCAUCCCCUGGUGGAAUAUUUGCCAAAACCGUUAAAGAUCGGUAUUUACCUGAGUCCAUCUCGGUGCCAUUCGUCCCACCCAGUAUAAAAUAUUGA